AUGGUCUCUAUUUUAUCUGAAAGGCAAUAUACUGAGAAAGAUGCUAUUUAUUCUGGACUUAAAUCUAUGAUGGUUUCAGGUUCUGCAGGGUUGAUAUUUUCUGCUGUUCAGAAUGCUAUAAUGAAGGAUCCUGGGACUAUGAAGAAUGCUAUAAAACGUGCAAGUGGAACAGUUGGAACAUUUGCUAUUGUAGGAGGAUUAUUUUCAUUUACUCAGGCUUUUGUUUCUAAUCUCCGAAGAAAAGAUGAUUCACUGAAUCCGUUUAUUGGAGGACUUGUUUCUGGUUCUAUUGGUGCUAUACGAGCACGGUCUUUUUCUGCAAUGGCUGGCUAUGGUUUGGGUUUUGCAUGUAUUUUGGGUUUUUUUGAUUGGUGUGGAGGGACUUUAAAUGGACUCUAUCGUGAUUUUUAUGGUGAAGAUACAGGGAAAUUGAAGGAAACACUUUUUAAGACGGAAUACAGACGACCCAGAUCAGAGAUUGUCAAAGCAAUUGGGGGUGGACGUGGUGUAUAA